GAUUGCGCCGAAGGCGCCACCGUCGGCAGAGGAUCAUUGGAUGACUGUUUUCAGCGGUCACUCGGUGGAAACGUCAUCGGCUCAACUGUCCUCGAGGUCGCUGAAGCGAAAUGCGGUCACUGCUGACCGUCGGCCGACGAGGUUCCGACUUAACUGAUU